AUGAAAGCCGGGAGCGCCGUGCGGAUAGCAGGCAGGUUGGCUGGAAGCCGCGGGCUCGUGCUGAACAGCUCUGAGGCCGGCCAGAGGCCCGUGCACCGCCCGGCAUUUGUCCAGCCCCAGCUGUCAUCAGCAGGUGCCGGUCCGGUUACCCUCACUGCGGGCCGGGAGCACGGAGGAGGAAAGCGCUCCGCGGCCAGCCCUACCGGCCCCUAUCUGCGGCCGUGCAGCGCGGAACCCUGCCGGGAGCCCCUGCGGAGGCGCCAAAUACACAAAGGGGAGUUGCAGCCCCCACCCUGUGUGCUGGCCGUGGAGCAGAAGCCACAGUCACUUCCUGAAGGCAGCGGCCCCAGCUCGGGUCCCACUCAUUCCGUGGCCCAUCACCUGCCUGCAGCCAUGGAGAGCCAUCAGGACUUCCGGAGCAUCAAAGCAAAAUUCCAGGCCUCUCAGCCGGAGCCCAGCGACCUGCCCAAAAAACCCCCGAAGCCUGAGUUCAGUAAACUCAAGAAGUUCCCCCAGCCUGAGCUAAGCGAGCACCUCAAGAAACCCCCGCCGCCUGAGGUCACUGACCUCCCCAAGAAACCCCCGCCGCCUGAGGUCACUGAUCUUCCCAAGAAACCCCCGCCGCCUGAGUUCACUGACCUCCCCAAGAAACCCCCGCCGCCUGAGUUCACUGACCUCCCCAAGAAACCCCCGCCGCCUGAGUUCACUGACCUCCCCAAGAAGCCUCCGCCGCCUGAGUUCACUGACCUCCCCAAGAAGCCUCCGCCGCCUGAGUUCACUGACCUCCCCAAGAAGCCUCCGCCGCCUGAGUUCACUGACCUCCCCAAGAAGCCGUCCAAACUGGAGUUCAGUGACAUCUCCAAGAAGUUCCCACAGCUGGAGGCCACUCCAUUUCCAAGGAAGCCCCCGCAGCCUGAGGUCGGUGAGGCCCCUGUGAAGGCCUCGCUGCCGGAGCCCAAUACGCCUGUCCGGAAACCCCAGCAGUCCGACGAGCUCAGUCACCCCGCCAGACCCCCAUCUGAACCCAAAUCCAGUGCAUUCCCCAGGAAGCUCUGGCAGCCCGAGGCCAGUGAGGCUACCCCAAAGCCCCCGCAGCCUGAGUUCAGUACCUUUCCCAAGAAGCCCGCGCAGCCUGACUUCAGUGUGCACCCCAGAAAGCCCCCACAGCCUCAGGCGGAUGGCCUCCCUAAGAAGUCCGUGCCGCAGCCUGAGUUCAGCGAGGCGGCUCAGACACCUCUCUGGAAGCCUCAGUCCGGUGAGCCGAAGCACGACUCCAGCGCCUUUCCCAGAAAGGCCUCCCAGCCUCCGCUGAGUGACUUUCCCAAGAAGCCCGCGCAGCCGGAGCUUGGGGACCUCACCAGGACCUCCUCAGAGCCCGAAGUCAGCGUGCUUCCCAAGAGGCCGCGGCCCGCCGAAUUCAAAGCGCUCUCCAAGAAGCCCCCGCAGCCCGAGCUGGGCGGCCUCCCCAGGACCUCCUCAGAGCCCGAGUUCAACUCCCUCCCCAGGAAGUUGCUGCAGCCGGACCGCCGGGGGCCACCCCGCAAGUUCUCACAGCCUGAACCCAACGCUGUCCUCAAGAGACACCUGCAGCCUGAGUUCUUCGGUGAUCUCCCUCGAAAGCCUCUACUCCCCAGCUCCGCUUCCGAGAGCUCACUGCCUGCGGCCGUGGCCGGCUCCAGCUCCCGGCACCCGCUCAGCCCUGGGUUUGGAGUUGCUGGGACACCCCGCUGGAGGUCAGGAGGCCUUGUUCACAGCGGAGGGGCCAGGCCAGGCCUCAGACCCAGCCAUCCACCCCGGCGGAGGCCUCUGCCCGCUGCCAGCAGCCUGGGACCCCCUCCAGCCAAGCCUCCGCUGCCCCCGGGCCCCGUGGAUAUGCAGAGCUUUCGGAGACGCUCUGCAGCAUCCACAGAUCUACGGAGGACCCGCUCGGCCGCUGCGCUCCACUUCCAGGCCCGACAGCCUGAAGACAUCCCGCCCCUCAGAGGGCCUGGGGCAGAGAGGCUCCCUCUGCUUCUCCUGGGCUUUCUCCCGGAGCUGUUUGCAACACCUUCCUAUGAAGCACCCUCAGUUCAGCAAGUCACCAGGAGGCCACCACAAGACUCAGCACUCAGGAAGGAGAAGGAUCCCCAGCCACAGCAGUUGCCACCCAUGGACCCAAAGUUGCAGAAGCAGCUGAGGAAAGCAGAGAAGGCCGAGAGGGAGUUCCGGAAGAAGUUCAAGUUUGAAGGGGAGAUCGUGGUUCACACGAAGAUGAUGAUUGACCCCAAUGCCAAGACGCGCCGUGGGGGCGGCAAGCACCUCGGGAUCCGGCGCGGGGAGAUCCUGGAGGUGAUCGAGUUCACCAGCAAUGAGGAGAUGCUGUGCCGGGACCCCAAGGGCAAAUAUGGCUACGUGCCCAGAAUAGCGCUCCUGCCCCUGGAGAUGGAGGUGUACGAUGAUGUCGACUUCUGCGACCCCCUGGAAAACCAGCCACUUCCCCUGGGACGGUAAGGCCGGUAGGCAUGGGGCAAGGACAGCCGGCCAGCCCAGCGCCCGCUCACCCAGGAGCCCUGGAACCCGGCGCGGGAGAGUCACAGAGCUGCCCGGGCUUGUGCCUGGCCACAUAAAGUCCGUUUAAAGCA